AUGAAAAUCGAUCGCAACCCGACAGCCGCGGGCGACGAGGCUUGCUGCACCUGCGCGAAGCUCCUUGCCACCGUCCCCCGGCACAGCACCGCCACCGAGAAGCCACUCCCGGACGACAGGCGACUCGAGUGCUGCUCUCGUGUAAUCUGCGGAAACUGCAUCCAUAACAACCCCCGCUUCGCAUCCUACUGCCCAUACUGUCAAACCUCGUCGGCGCCCUCGGUGCUGCCCCCGAGCCUCAGGGACCCGCCGUCGUACACCUCCUACCCGCCGACCCACCACCUCUCUUCCGGCGCCCCGGCCGCCGCGCCGCCGCCAUAUACGCCCAACACCGCCGCCGACGUGCCCCCCGACGAAAAGAGCGGCGGCAGCAGCGCCUCGUCGUCCUCGGCAGCGGGCACCCCGCCUGAAGAUACCCUCCACUUCCUCGAUCACGAGCACGACACCGUCGCCUCACUGUCUCUCCGUUACGGCGUGCCCGCCGCCGUCCUCCGCCGCGCCAACAACAUCACCAGCGAUCACCUCCUCCAUGGCCGCCGGACGGUGCUGGUCCCCGGCGAGUACUACACCGCCGGCGUUAGCCUUUCGCCGCGGCCGGUCGAGGGCGAGGAGGAGGAGCUGCGCAAGAGCCGCAUCCGCCGCUUCAUGACGGGGUGCAAGGUUUCUGACUACGACGUUGCCGUGUUGUACCUCGAGCAGGUCGGCUACGACGUCGCCGCCGCGUUGGAGGCCUACUCGGACGACGAGGCCUGGGAGAGGGACCAUCCCGUGCAAGAGGGCGGGAGGAGGGCCAAAGCUCCUCCGCAAAACCGUGGGCCGUUUUGGAGGGGAUCAGCGUGA